AUGAUACCCCUUCGCAAGUUUGUGCUACAUUACAAAAAGAAGAACCCGACGAUAUCCUGUGGAUGUCUAAAGGAUGAUGGGUUCCGGAUCGUUCUGGGACUUUUAUGGAUAUUUCAGCUACGUCCAGAGGACGUCCACGGGAAAUCCAGCAUGGAUCAGGACGUCUGGAUCAGUUGUGGAUGUCCUGGGGACGUUGAUGGUUUAUUGGGUCGGUUCGUCCGCAACAGUAGGCCCCGCCAACCGUGUACAACGGGUCCACUUACGUCCGAAGAGCUUCGGCACGCCGAAACCAUAUGGCUCUCACAUGUCCAAACCGAAGCCUUUCGGCACGACAUCUUGGCACUCACACACGGCAGUGUUGCUGCAGCAUCUUCGUCAUUACGUGUUUUCCAGCCAUUUCUCGACGCCUCCGGAAUACUGAGCGUCGGCGGUCGUUUUCACCAACUUCAAGAUUCGUACCAGACCAAGCAUCCCAUCCUCCUGCCCCCGAAGCAUCGAUUCACGGAGCUCAUCAUACUCGACGCUCACCAGCGCUUCCUACACGCCAGCGUGCAAGACACCAUCGCCGAGGUCCGAAGCACAUUUUGGGUUGUCCGCGGACGGCAAACAACAAGGCGUGUCCUUCACUCAUGCUUGACCUGCCGCAGACUAAGCGCGCACCUUGAGACAGCCCCAGUGUCACCUCUACCUCGGGAGCGUAUAACGCCGGCAAAUCCGUUCACAGUUGUCGGCGUAGAUUUCGCGGGGCCGCUCUAUAUCUCAAGGUCAGCUUCUCCCAAGACGUACGUAGCCCUUUUCACGUGCGGUGUCACAAGGGCCGUCCACCUCGAACUUGUGUCCUCUAUGAGCGUGCCUGAUUUCCUGCUUGCCUUCCGACGGUUCAUCUCUAGGCGUGGGGUACCCUCCCUCAUCUUUUCCGACAACGCUCGCACCUUUCGCAAAUGCUUGUCCCUCCUCUCCCUGGUUAGCGCAAGAGAUGUCCUAGAUUUUGCCACCCUGCAUCGCAUCGUCAGGCGAUUCAUUGUUGAGCGAGCUCCUUGGUGGGGAGGCUGGUGGGAACGGCUCAUACGAACUGUGAAGGAAGCCCUAAGACGCUGCCUUGGGAGAAAGCGCCUCACCAUUUAA